AUGAGGGGAUGCCUCACAUGUCGUCUGCGCCAUCUGAAAUGUGACAAAUCGGGUUCAAAAUGUUUGCGUUGUCAAAGAUCUGGCCGCGAAUGUGUGCCGGCCCCCGGUAAAUCUGAAGAGGUGUCGUUUCGGCACGGCCAAAAUCCUUCCUUACGAGGAAAGGGACCUCCGAGGUAUGGCGAGAGUGACCUGGCUUUUCCCGAUGAUCAGGUGUGGGUUGCCAUGUCCUCCGACUUCGACUUCAAGGAUGAAACGGAGCAGACGGCAGCUGAAUACCAUGUUGUACCGGUGACAAGGCAACAGUCGGCUGGAAGAUCAUCUUCGGAGAAUUCGACUCCUUCGUCCAUGAUGGACUCUUCUCUGACUACUCCUAAUCUCACUAUUCCUCGUUCGAGUUAUUUUGACUCGAGGUCUAAUUCGGGUACUCCUCGCUCUUCAACUACCCCCAUCGGCCAGUCAAGACUGAGUAACGUCAGCGAGGCAUAUCUGCUUCGCCAUUUUCAGAAAAACCUUGCUCCUUGGCUUGACGCAUGCGACCCUGGCCGACACUUUUCAACGGAUGCUGUUGAGCGCGCUACUCACUCACCACUAUUACUUUACGCAUGUCUCGCUGUCUCAGCGUGCCAUUUAUCUAAAACAACCAACACCCUCCCUAUUGAUGUCGCGCACGCCUAUCAUGAGCGUUGUAUCACAAUCAUGCUCCCGGUCCUUGACAAGCCCGAAUUUGACAUCAGCAUUGACAUUCUUCUCCCAUCGACCGUGAUUCUCCGGUUUUUCGAAUCCAUCUCCGCCCACAGUCCCCCUCACGAUGCCCAGCGCCAUCUUCUAGCCGGCUCAGUCUACAUCAGCUCACACGUCGACUGCGCUAUUUCCGGUGGUCUAGCUUCGGCUUCUUUCUGGAUUUUCGUCAUUCAAGAUAUUCAAUUUUCGCUUACGUACCAAAAAUGCCUUCGGCUAACCUUUGCGCCCUUCGACGAGGGCCUUCGCCGGUGGUGGACCGCCAAGACCGUCCUUUCCGAUGGUGACUGGACAAAUCGGGCAAUCUGGCUGUUGGCCGAAACUGUUGACUUUUGUUAUAAUAUUUCGGGCCGAAAUCACGAUGGCCGACUUGGCAGUGUGGUGGAGACAGCCCUUAGGAGACGGAUUUUUGAAUGGGAGCUUGACAGGCCGAAUUCGUUCGCCCCAUUACAUCUUUCUGCACCGGACCCUGGAAGAGGGAAACCUUUCCCUGUUGUCUGGUAUACAAGCUUGUGGCAUGCAACUGCAAUCCAGCAAAUCUGCAUGGCCAAGGCACUGAUGCUCAUUCGUGAAUUGGAAUUCUAUGAUAGAAGCAUAUUACAUAUGGAGGGGCCGAUGAAACUGAAGGCCGAUCUCGCCGAAAAUCUCCAUUUCAUGUUCGGAAUCGCCGUAUCUUGCGAUGACGAACCCUCGCUGCGUAUCACCGCCUGCCACGCUUUAUUUGCUUGUAUCUCUUGGGUUGAGGAUCCCCUGGUACAAAGCCAGCUGUUUGAUCUACUUCGUCGCACAGAACGUGAGAACGGGUGGCCGUGGGGUUAUGUGCAACAUCAAGUCGUACAGGCAUGGAGGCCAGUGUAG